AUGACACCCGUAGGAAAUAGUUCCAAUUUGCUUACUUCCUUAUUAACAGCUGUUUUAGUAAAAGGGAAAAGAGAGCUGUAUCAUACCAUUCAGUAUUUUGAGAUGCAACGACUGGCUCUCACCAUAGUCAAUGAUGGCUCCAGGCGAAUAUUUUGUGCCGUCAUUACCGAUACCGAUGUCGGUGUUGAAUUUCCAAAGCUUGUAGCAACGCAAACACUUCAAAAGUACAUUGAGGAAGCAACCUCUCUCAACAAACGAUCCAAACAACCUUCACUGUAUCAAUCGACUCUUUCCAAUUCCAUACCUCACUCUUCCAAUUUAACCAAAUAUUAUGUACCAUCAUCACCGACCACUGUCAAUGGAAUUCCUUCCGAAUCAACCUCAUUUUCUUCAUCAUCCAGUAUUGUAUCCUAUUUAUCAAAUGAAAACAGAAGUCCAGACAUUUCUCAAAACAAUUUUAAGGGACAAAGAAUAUUUCCUUCGCUCAAAAACCCACAAAAAGAAAAAAGCUUUUCUGCUGUUGGGUUUAACGGAAUGGUCUCUGAAGAGGAAAUGAAAACAGAGGAUAUUCAAAUUAUGAGGAUUGAUCCCUAUUUAUUUCAGACCAAGCUUCGUGAAACCUUUCUUUCAAUGGUUCACAUUAUUUUGCACGAAUUACGAAACGAAAUUGGUAUCGUCAGCGCCGAUCUAAUAAGCAAGGACAAGGAUGUUCUCUGUUCCACCACUCAAAGCCUGGAUUUACAAGCUUAUUCUGACUUUCUAAUGUCUAAUGCAGCCGAUAUUAUGAACGCUGUCAAUGACAAACCACGUUCCAUGGAGAUUGUACUUUCUACGGCAACAGUUGUGAAGAUUGUUCAAGUAGAAGUGAGUUGUAAUUUAAUAGUCAUGUUUCAAGUGCCACAAUCAGCCAUUCUACUGUCAAGCGAGCAAGACUGUGCCACCGAGGAAGAUGUAAACUCAGUCGUGGAAAACAUUCAUUCUGUCAUUGACUGGGCUGUUGCUCUGCUCAAAAAGGUGCAAUAUCUGCAGAAAAUGACUUAA